UUUUGCGUACAUCUGCCAGAAAGCUCAUGACCUGCUUAAAGUGAUGGCAUUCGCGACGAGGAGUUUGCGACAUUUCUAUAAAAUAUACAAUGGAAGUACAGGAACGGUAUUUUCUACACUUCGUCAGUCUCUUACACGAAUAUCCGUUUGUCAGAAUGUACAAUUGUAUAAUUACAACACCGAGAUACAUCGACCAAAAAUAACAGGCAGUUUAACAAAUAUACAAUCAACUGUUCAAUCCCUAUCACCGGAUGCUUUAGACAAUAAAAGAAUAGAAGAGGCAGAAAAAGAGGAUGCAGAGGAAAAGGAAAGGCGUGAACACUCAAAUAGAAUGCUUAAAUAUAGUUUCACAUUUUUUGGUGUGUUUAUUACUUUUGGGUUGUCUUAUAUUAUUUAUGAUUUGACGAAAACAAGGUAUGAUGAACAAGGGAACAUUAUUGAAGAUGAAUAUUCCAACUUACCAUUGUAUGAAAAAGUAUAUAGAAGGCUCAAGAGAGAAUUUAACUAUUACACUAAGAUGGUUCAAGAACCUAGCAGGGAUAAGUUGCUUCCAGAUCCACUUAAAUACCCUUAUAUUCAACCUCCUUACACUUUGGUAUUGGAGCUGACUGAUGUACUUGUACAUCCAGAUUGGACAUAUGAAACUGGUUGGAGGUUUAAAAAGAGGCCUGGAGUGGACCAAUUCUUAGAAGCUGUUGCACCACCGCAAUUCGAAAUUGUAGUAUACACAGCAGAACAGGGUCUGACUGUCUUUCCUAUUUUGGAUAUAUUGGAUCCUAAUGGAUAUAUUAUGUAUAGAUUAGUGAGAGAUACAACACGUUUUGUAGAUGGGCACCAUGUUAAGGAUUUGGAUGCUCUUAACCGUGAUCUCAGUAAAGUUAUAGUAGUUGACUGGAAUUCAAAGAGUACAAAAUUUCAUCCUGAGAAUACUUUAAGAAUACCACAAUGGUCGGGUAAUAAUGACGACACCACACUGUAUGAUUUAGCUGCAUUCCUCAAAACUAUAUUAGCAACAAAUGUGCAAGAUGUAAGAGAUGUUCUCAAUUAUUAUAAACAGUUUGACGAUCCACUACAAGUUUUUAGAGAAAAUCAGCGGAAGUUACUAAUGCAGAUGGAAGAGGAAGAAACCAGGGCACAGCAGGAAAGUAGUAAAGUACUUACGUCAAAAUGGAAACCAUCUUUCCUUCGAAAUCGUUAAAUCAUUAUAGAAAAUGCGACAUUGUAAAAUAUAAAAAAAAACAUACAAUCUGUUA